GCUCUCAUUGCAGCCCAGCAUGGUUCCUGUUGCCCAUCUCAUUGGAGCAUUUGUGGUAAUCUGUGUUGGUGUUGGUGUUGCCCUAUAUGCAAGAAGGGCAACCCGGAUGGGACACAGCUCUCAGGAGGACUUCCACUUCUCAGAGCCAGCAGGACCCCACCGUGAUGUGAGGUCUGCCUGGAAUGAGCCUGCACAGCGUGGGAGGCAGGGCAAGCAGCAGGACAAGAAGCGUGGCAGAAAAGAUGAUCAGCAGGAUAGUGAGGAGGAAGAGGAGCAGCAGGACCUACAGGAAGAUAAGAAGCAGUGGGCAGGUAGAAUGAGGAGGUGGCAGGCAGGUAGAAUGAGGAGGCAGGCAGGUAGGGCAGCCGUGGGCAGAGUGGCACUGGUUGGCAUCCCAGCGGGCAUCUUUGCACUGGGAUUUACGGGAUCUGGCAUUGCCGCUGGCUCCAUCGCUGCCAAGAUGAUGUCUGCAGCUGCCAUAGCCAAUGGUGGAGGAGUGGCUGCUGGCAGUCUGGUGUCUGUCCUGCAGUCAGUGGGAGCUGCAGGUUUCUCUGUUGCUACCAAAAUUGGGCUGGCAUCCACCCUGGGGUCAGUCGGUGGGGUUGUCGGUGAUGCUGUCGGUCGUGCUGUCAGUGCAGCAUCAUCACCUAAACCUCCAGAUGACAAAUCCAAUCAAAACCAACAAGGAGCCAAGAAGCCCAAGAAGUGGCCAAGUCCAGCUGAUGAACCUGAGCAGAACCAAGAAGGUUCCUGA